UACUUUUCAAAACAGUGCAUAUUUUGUCACGUUAUCGAGUUAGAUAACACUGUUGUAGACGCUCCUUCGCGGGUUUUAAAACAUGAAAUUAUUCAAAAGUCCGUCUAUCUAUUUGGCAGAAUUGAACCACAAUGACAGUACUCGCUACGCAGAAAUGUAGAAAGGGCUUUUAAAGAGUUUGUAGCAUUUUGUGUAACUAGCUACUUUAGCAAAUCUAGCUAGCUGGCUAAUUUAACAAGUAAUCUCUUGCGAAAUAAUUACAAAGUGAAAAAAAAAUUGAACCCUAAAAAACGGAAAUACCUUAGUAGUUUAUACUCUGCGGAUAAAAAUAUGCCUCUACUGGGAAAUCACAAGAUCUUGCGUAUUUUUCUUAUUGUCCUUUCUCAAUUUGUUUACAUCACUACUUUGAUUGUCAACGCUCUCGCGGGACCGGGAAAAGGCCCAUUUCAGCACAGUACAAGAAAUGUGUCGGGGAGAUAUGACACACAGAUCACUCCUGCUGGAUGGACCUUCUCCAUAUGGGCUCUCAUCUAUUCCUGGCUCUUACUAAUGAACAUUUAUAUAAUGACUUGGCUAUGCAGAGGGUUGUGCUCAAGCCCAGCAAUCCUGCCCUCUGAAUUCUUUCUCUCAUGGAUCGUCAACAUGAUUCUGAACAGCACCUGGCUUGUCUUGUGGGACAGAGAAUUGAUGAUCCCUGCACUGAUAGUUCUUGCUCUGAUUGCUUUUACCAACUACCUGUUGAUCCUCUUCUCUUGUAUUGGUCUUCGGGCUCAUGGAUCAUGGCUCAAACAGAACCACCCAAAAGACCUUGUCUGCAUCAUAGUGCUGGUUCAAAAUGGUAUUGCCAUUUAUGCAACAUGGACAACCAUUGCCACACUGCUCAACUUCACAGUUGUGUUGAAUUUGGCAUCAGUUUCUGCAACAAAUGCGGCUACAGCUUCUUUAUGCAUUCUUCUGUUGGUAGUAAUUAUAUGGUUUACUUUUGAAAACUUAGUAAUAGAGAACCACGUCCGCUACAUCCUUACCGUUUACCCUGUCAUUAUCUAUGCUCUAAUUGGAAUCUUAACUAAGCAUUACGAUGCAUCAGCGCCUGGCCGAAAUGCAGUCUUUUCAGUGGUGCUUCUUGUGAUGACCUGCAUUGUGUUAGUGGUUCGGGUGGGGCUGGUGGUUUGGAGACACCGGACUCGGCCUCUCAUCCGUGAAGUCACCUCUGAGGUCCUGAUGUCACCAAAUAGCGGCACUGAAAAGUAACAAUGUGUGUGGUCGUAAAGGCUCAAGUGCUUUUCACGGAACAUUAGAGAUUACGUGUCCUGAACAAUAACCCCUGCAGGUGUGCAGUACCUGGAUGAAUGAUUUUCAGCCUUGACAAAAUCUUUAAAAAUGCAUGUUACUGGAUCUGUUGUCAGUUAUACGUAAUAGUGGGCUGAAAUUGCAAAUGGGAGCAAUUUUGUAUCUAUUUUGAACUCGAGCCGUGCCAAAUUUGGAAUCAUAAUUGUGCCUUUUGUGGUUUUGUGAUGUUCUAUACUGUUUUGUGUAUAAACAGUAACUAAUACUGAACACUAACCUGUGUGAGUGUGACCAUAAAUAUCAGUAUUAUAUCUAACUAAUUUUGUUUGGUAUUUUACAUAAAGUAUAUUACAAAGUUUAUGUAUAUUGUACUAUUAUGUAUUUUGAUACAGAUUGCAAUUUUCAUUUAUUCUUUUAUAAAGAUAUUAAGUGUAUACAUAAAAUGUAAAAUUAAUAUUCUGUGAUCAAAUGUUUAGCUCAAUCAACACCGUUUAUGGCAUAAUGUUGAUUACCAAAAACAAAUAUUUUGACUAGCCCUUCAUUUAUGAAAAAAAAUACAAUGUAAGUGAAUGGACUCAGUCCAGAAACGAUAAAAUACACACUGUUUCAAAAUAAUAGCCAUAAAAUGUAAAUGGUAUUCAUGUUUGGUGCAGUGAGAUCCAGCAGAUGGAAAAUUACUUCAAUAAAUCAGAUAUGUAGAAGGAAUAACAGUCUUUAAUUUGUAAAAAUUAAUAAAUGAAUAAAAAUUAAUUAAAUCAAUUUUAAAUAAAUGUUUGAUUAUAAAAUGCUAAGUAGAUAUAUCUUAAGGAUAUAUCUAAGGACUAAGUCCUGGAAUAAACAUAAUAAUACAAUGCCUUGUCUUUGUCUAAUGUACUAAAUAAGUAACCGAGUCAAGAUGAGGCCUCAAAGUUGGUGAUCAGAAGCAAAGAGCUAUAGGGUUCAGAUGUUAGUCUGAAGACCAAAAUCUAAAUUAAGGUCUUUAUACCUUCUUGAGGUUGUGCCAAUAAAUACUUUUUAUUUCUUUUUUACAGUGGGCUCUGCACAAUUGAUGCAGCUGUAACUCAAGGUGUCAGGUCAUAAUGUUAUGCCCUAAGUGCGAAAUGUGCGGUUAAGUGGAAGGCAUAUGUACAAAAAUAAUUUGUGCAUACAUUCUUGUUAAAAUGCUUGUAAUUAUCAUGCUCAGAAAAGUGCACACAGAGGUGUUUAAAAAGGCAUCCUGUGUGUGCAGACUGUGCCAAACAAUAAUAUUUAUGAAACUUAGCUCUCUCUCUGCAACCAGCUCUGAAAACUCAUCAAGUCAAAAGGACAACAAGUUCAUAUACUAAGAGUCUAAAAUGUGCCAUGCAACACAGGAACAUUGGGGACAGAAAGCACAAACCAUUUACAAGGAUAGAGAAGGAGCAUAAAGUAAUCUUCUAACACACACACACACACACACACACACACACACACACACACACACACACAUUGAACAUAUAAGGCUCAAGUCUGGAAAUAUGCAUGUAUAAACACAGGAGUCAAGGAUGGGUAUAGAAGGAAUACAUGCAUUAUCAAUACAGGGAUAUUGCCAUUUAAGCUGAUUACAUGAUUGUGAAGUAUAUGAUUAUAUUCUUAUUAUCGUUGAGUACAUAAAUGUGGAUACAUGAAUAUGCUUGUAUAAUAUAAAUAAGCAAACGUGUAAAAUAUAGGAAGGUCUCUAGCCACUUGCAUCAAUGUUAACAUGGUUUUAGUGUGAUAACAUUGCUUGCUAACCUUAUCUUUGUAAAGUUAUAUCCAAUACCGGGAUUGCAAGGUUUCGUUAUCAUGUCUACAAAGUUGUAAUCUAGAUAUAUCUUUACAAAGAUAAGUAAAGAUAUAUCUAGAUUAAUAAGCCCCAUUCACUUCCAUUGUAAGUGCCUCACAGGAACAAUUUUUUUUUUUUUAAACAUAGGAAGUAUUAGUUAAAAUGAUGCUUUGUGGUAAUCAACAUUAUGCCACAAAUGCUGUUGAUUGAGCUUAACUUGUAUUGAACCCAGAGUAUUCCUUUCAAAAAUGACUAAACACAAAAUGCACUCAUGCAAGAAUGCUCUUAUUAUUAAUGACAAGUAAAAAUGUUAUUAGAGACCAGAGAACAAGAGAGACUGACACAGCUUAGUUGCAUAAUACUCACUAAGAAGACUGAGUCAUAACAAACAUGUUUGGCAACACUUUGUGUUAGUUCAGUGUAAGUACCUGGCAACCCACCUUGGUGUGGCUCAUAAGCUGUUGAAAUCUCUGGGCUUUCUGCAGUGAUUAAAAAGACAUUCAGCUUUGCUGCAAAUCGUUUGUGCCUUGUAAGAACACACAUUUUGAUCAUGGCUCUUCUUCUACAUUUACUUUGGUGUGGAUGUGAACUGAAGCAUCCUGUCAUGCACAUUGUUGCCCUUUGGAAUGAGCACUUCUGGCAACAGCUGGAGAAAAUUUGACCCUGUGUACUUUGGUUUGUUCACUACAGGAUGAGACUAAUGAAAAAAUAAAUGACAAAUAAAGAACCUUUUUUCCUCCCAGGA